AUGGCACCCGACACUCCUUUGCUCGAACCGCCGCCUUCCUCAACCCAUCGGCGACACUGCCUUAUCAAGCAAUGCGGCCUAAUACUGUCCUCUCUCGUCAUUUUCUCAGUGGGUCUCCUAACAUUGGCGGACCACCGGAGCCAUCAGUCUCUAUCCAUCUCCGCUGGCAUUGCCCACCACCAAGUGCCGACGCCGGCGAGAGGAAUGAGGGAAGGGGUUUCAGCGAAGUCCAUUCCCGGGAACCUGGAUGAAGAAAGAGUUUCGUAUAAUUGGACCAACGCCAUGUUCGCCUGGCAGAGAACUGCCUACCACUUCCAGCCACACCAAAAUUGGAUGAAUGGCCCAUUGUAUCACAAAGGAUGGUACCACAUCUUCUACCAGUACAACCCGUACUCCGCCACCUGGGGCAACAUCACAUGGGGUCAUGCCGUCUCCUGCGACUUAAUCCACUGGCUCAUCCUCCCGUUAGCCCUAAUCCCCGACCUCUGGUACGACAUUAACGGCGUCUGGACGGGUUCCGCCACCCGCCACCCGGAGGACGGCAACAUCUACAUGCUCUACACCGGCGGCACAGGGAAUCUCACUCAAGUCCAAAACCUCGCCCACCCGGCCGACCUCGCCGACCCGCUCCUGCUCCGCUGGGUGAAAAUCCCUGCCAACCCGAUCCUCCUUCCGCCGGCGGGAAUCGGGCCCAAGGAUUUUCGCGACCCGACGACCGCGUGGCUGGGCCUGGAUGGGCUGUGGCGGGUCGCGAUUGGAUCCAAGGUCGAGAAGUUGGGCCUCACGCUCGUUUACAAGACGUACAAUUUUGUUAGUUACGAGUUGCUGGAUCAUUACCUGCACUCGGUUCCGGGUAUGGGUAUGUGGGAGUACGUGGAAUUUUACCCGGUUCUGGUCAACGGGACGAAGGGGCUGGACACGUCGGCGGUCGGGGAAGGGAUCAAGCAUGUGUUGAAGGCGAGCUUGGACGAUACAAAGUUGGAUCACUUCGCCGUCGGGACGUAUGACCUGGUGAAGGAUUUGUGGACGCCCGAUGACCCUGAGAGCGAUGUGGGAAUCGGGCUGAAGUACGAUUACGGGCGGUAUUAUGCUUCCAAGACGUUUUACGAUGAGGAGAAGCAGAGGAGAAUACUUUGGGGUUGGAUCAAUGAGACUGAUACGGAAUUCGAUGACCUCAUGAAGGGUUGGGCUUCUCUCCAGGUUAUGGUGGGUCCGGGUUCGGUUGUGCCGCUACACAUAGGCUCUGCUACGCAGCUGGAUAUAAUGGCGGAGUUUGAGACUACCCUCUACACCGUCACGACUUACUUCUGUACAGAUCAAACCAGAUCGUCGAUGGCUCCCGAGGUGUUCAAGGUUGUGUACGGGAGCUCAAUCCCGGUGGUGGGCGACAAGAAGCUGGAGAUGAGAGUGUUGGUAGAUCAUUCCAUCGUGGAGAGCUUUGGACAAGGAGGGAGGAGAGUGAUAUCCUCCAGAGUUUAUCCCACCAGGGCCAUCUAUGGAGAUGCUAGGCUCUUCUUGUUCAACAAUGCCACGGAUGUGAACGUGAAGGUGAAGCUCAAGAUUUGGGAGAUGAACUCUGCUUUCAUUCGGCCACUCGCACUAGACCAAUUUUGA